CAGGAAGUGAGCUGCAGAAAGUGGGAAAACGUUUGUGCAACGUGAUCUGUGUAGUGUUUUUCUCCGCUUUAAAAAGUAAGCGAAGGUCAGGAAAUAUUAGCAGCUACAGGCUGAGCUCUGUGACGGGCUCAAUAAUGGCUCUGAAUAAGUCCAUGCAUCCUCGGAACCGUUACAAGGACAAACCACCUGACUUCGCUUAUCUGGCAUCCAAAUAUCCAGACUUCCAGCAGCACGUGCACACAAGCCUCACGGGAAAACCUAUAGUGAAUUUCAAAGAGCCGGAGGCGGUGCGAGCGCUGACCUGCACCCUGUUAAAGGAGGACUUUGGUUUGGCCAUCGAGAUCCCGCUGGAGCGACUCAUACCCACCGUCCCCCUGCGCCUCAACUACAUCCACUGGGUGGAGGACCUCAUUGACGGCCAGAAGCAGCCGCGCAGGGGCAUCGACAUCGGCACUGGGGCGUCCUGUAUCUACCCCUUACUGGGAGCCACAAUGAAUGGCUGGUACUUCCUCGCCACAGAGGUGGACGACAUCUGCUUUGACUAUGCUACCAAAAACGUGGAGCAGAACAACCUGUCCGACCUGGUCAAAGUUGUCAAAGUUCCUCAGAAGACUUUACUGAUGGAUGCCUUGAAAGAAGAGACAGAAAUGGUGUACGACUUCUGCAUGUGCAACCCUCCCUUUUUCGCCAACCAGCUGGAAGCAAAGGGGGUAAACUCCAGAAACUCACGCCGACCUCCUCCCAGUUCAGUGAACACGGGCGGGGUGACGGAGAUCAUGGCAGAGGGCGGAGAACUGGAGUUUGUCAAGAGGAUCAUUCAUGACAGCCUGCAGCUCAAGAAGCGCCUUAGGUGGUACAGCUGCAUGUUGGGAAAGAAGUGCAGCCUGGCACCUUUGAAAGAGGAGCUGAGGAAGCAAGGGGUGCCUAAAGUGACCCACACUGAGUUUUGCCAGGGGCGGACCAUGCGGUGGGCACUGGCUUGGAGUUUCUAUGACGACGUGGUUGUUCCGGUGAGUUUGUACAGAUUUUUUUUUGUUGUUGUUGUUAAAUGUCAUGUUCAGCAGAUUUUAGUGUUGGUAGCAGGACAGUGCAGCUACUCUGAAGGCCAAAGGAAAAAGACUCAAUCCAGUAAAAUGUCAGUUUUCCUCCUCCUCCUUCAAACCACCGUGACCGCAGGUGCUCCAGAAACCUCCCAAAACCAACUGACCACCGCAGAAAACGGCAGCAGCCAGAACGAGAACGCGGAGAGCAAAAGCACGCCUGCAGACAAGCCGGGUAAAGAAGUCGCAGAGAGCAUGACUGGGGAACAAAAAGAGGCCCCAGAAAAAGUAACAGGCGAGGAUGUGGACAUGGAGUCCUCUACCUGCACAGGAACGGGGCAGGAAGCAGACCUGAAGGAAACACCUGCUGCAGCGAGCGAACCGCCCUCGAAACGACCCGUGAGCCCCAGCACUGUCAAACACUUCUUGUUUAAGUGUCUGCUGAACGUGAUCCAGGAGCAGAGUGAUGUAGUGAUCGAGAUGCACUGGGUGGAGGGUCUGAACAGAGACCUGAUGAACCAGCUGUGCACUUACCUAAAGAACACACUUUUAAAGACUGUCGCAAAGUCCUGAUCAGCAAGUCGAGAUCUUUUCUUCUCAAAAAUUAAAAGCUUUAUUUUUUAGACAUGAUUAAUGUUAGGCUGUGUGUUGGGAAGUUUAUUUUGUAUAGCUUCUGAAAGGCAAUUCUGUAUUAGCUGUUUCUUUUAAUUCACUUUUAAGAUUUUGUAUUCUAGAGGCAAAAGUCUCCUUUCCCCCCGCUGAAAAAACACAAGCUUGUUGUAAAAAAAACAAAACAAAAUCAAUAUCACCUGUUUUAAUUAAAAUACUUAUUAAUAUACUAUACUUCAUGUCAACCAUACAACAAACAAACAAUCAUACAUAACAAGAAUCUCUAUCGCAACAAAAGUAAGGAGACACCACCUUGUAGCACUUGUCACCAAUUGAGCUUUACAAGUUAAUUUUACUGAGCUGGAAUCUUCAGGGAAAUUACUCCGAACACUCCAACCAAUGAUUCAUUUGGCCUUGCUAAUAGCUGAUAUACUCAUGGAAUCACCCAACACUGCAUAUUGUGUGUUAUAAAUUGCAAAAAUAUUUGGAAUAAAUGUACAUUUUUAUACAGAUUUUUUUUUUCCCUUUCUCAUAGUGCAUUUUUACUGAAUUGUCUUUAAUUAUGUAGUACCUGUAGAUAUCCACAAGAGGGCAGCGUCAGCUUGUCCUGUGUGUUAUGAUCCGUUGUACUCGUUGAUCUUUAAUUGUUCCUUUGUUAGAGAUUGUAUUUUAGACUCACUGUCGCUCCAGUCUGGCACGACUGUUUUAAAUAGACCCACAGACCGUGUAAUUCAGGAAGUUCCUGGAGCCCCUCGGUCUUUCCUGGAGAGCCUUUGGUAUUAUUACUCUGCUGUACCCGGUUGACUUCCUCAACAGCAUCGAGUGAAUAACAGGAAAACAUUCCCAAAAUAUGCAGGGCCACGUGUACGUAUGUGCACAUUUUCUGUUGUCAUAAGCAGAAACGCGGUUCCUGCUCGUACGACGUGCCCUGCGGUCACGGCCGGACUUUGACUCCGCCGAUGCAUGAGUCACGUGAUAUCUGCUGAAUAAAGGGCAACAACAUUAGAAGCUGGCAUUUUUGUUCUUUUGUUUUUUGUCCGCUGAUACAACAUCUUUAAAGAUUUUUAAUAUGCCUAAAAAACUUCCAGUAACUC